GUUUUCCAUUUAGAAAAGUAUGGAAUGGGUUUCUCUUUUUCUAACCUAAUGGAGGACUCCUAUUUUUUAUUUUCUACUUACAUUAUGCUGGUCUUUGACUCAGCCUUGUACAUGCUGUUAGCUAUGUACUUUGACAAAGUUCUGCCAGGCAAAUAUGGCAUCCCAGACCCCCCUUUUUUCUGCCUGAAGCCCUCGUACUGGGUGCAGAGCAGGAGAGGCUCCACCAGGGAGAUGCCCAGAGCUUCAGUGAGCCCUGAGGAGCUCCUCAGUGAUGAUGUAGAGCCAGUGCCCCCUGAAUUCAUGGAAAAAGAGGCCAUCAGACUCCACAAUAUUAAAAAAGCAUAUAAAAAGAAGGACAAGAAGACAGAAGCUCUGAGAGGUUUGUCUCUAAAUAUUUAUGAGGGUCAGAUCACUGCCUUACUCGGCCACAGUGGGGCUGGGAAGACGACACUGCUAAACGUGCUCAGUGGACUCACUUUCCCUUCUGAAGGCUCUGCAACCAUCUACAACUACAAACUCUCUGAAAUAAGAGACAGAGAAGAGAUUAGAGAGAUGAUUGGCAUUUGCCCCCAGUUCAACGUACAGUUUGAGGUCUUGACAGUGAAAGAAAACUUGAAAACCUUUGCAGAAGUCAAGGGUAUCAAGUCCAAAGAGGUAGAACGAGAGGUGCGAAACAUCUUGGAACUGCUGGAUAUUGGUAAUAUUCAAGACACUCAAGCGGAGAAACUGAGUGGUGGACAGAAACGGAAGUUAUCCAUUGGAAUAGCCAUGCUUGGGAAUCCCCAGGUUUUGUUCCUGGAUGAGCCAACGGCUGGGUUGGAUCCUCUUUCCAGGCACAAGGUGUGGAGCCUCCUCAAGGAGCUCAGAGCUGGACGGGUGAUCCUGUUUAGUACCCAGUUCAUGGAUGAGGCUGAUAUCCUCGCAGACCGCAAGGCUUUUAUCUCACAUGGGAGGCUGAAAUGUGUCGGUUCUUCUCUGUUCUUGAAGAAAAAAUGGGGGAUUUGCUAUCAUUUAAGGAUCCAUGUCAGUGAGUCCUGUGACUUAGAGAGUGUGACAUCUCUGGUUAAACGGUACAUCCCCGAUGUCAUAUUCUCAGGACACAGUCAAUACGAGCUGAGAUAUCAACUCCCAUUAGAAAAUGUGAACAAAUUCCCAGAUCUGUUCAGUGGCCUCGACAGCUGCUCUGACCAGGGAAUUAUCAAUUAUGGAGUUAGCAUGACAACCCUGGAGGAUGUCUUCCUGAGACUGGAGGAGGAAGCCACGGUGGAUGAAGAAGAUGAGCACGUCCUCGGGGAGGAGCGUGCAGAAGCAGGACCACGACGCCCUGACAAGACGGAGCCGGGCUCCCUGCUGCUCUCGGGCUCCGGGAAGGCGGCAGUCGUCGGCUUGGCUCUUUGGAGGCAGCAGGUCUCUGCCAUGGCAUGGGUGCACUUCUUAAAGCUUAGGAGUUCAGUGAAAAACCUGCGGUCCAUUUUGCUGCUCUAUGUGGUUUUUCUGCUUCCUCUGGUUUUGCAACUGUCCCUGGUUGCUGCCUGGCAGAGUGUGAGUGCUUGGGAGCUCUCAUCUGCACGGUACUUCUUGCCCCGGGGGAAGAGGGCUUGGUCAGAGACAACAACCAGCCUCCUGGUCCACAAUAACACGGGCACAGACAUUGAAGACUUCAUCCACAUGCUUGAGAGCCAAGACCUCACAGUGGAAAUAACAAGUGAGGAAAACACCACGGAAGAGCUAAAACACAAUGGGGCUAUAAAGGUGUCUCACAAAGAUCAGAGCUACAGGUUUACCGUGUUAUGCCACAUGGAGACUGUCAACUGCUUCCCGGUGCUUGUGAACAUCAUUAGCAACGCUCUGCUGAGAGCCCUCAACUCCACGGCGCACAUUCGGAUCUGGAGCCAUCCAUUUUUCUCUAUAGACAAUCCACAAUUCUGGGAUUAUUUUGUUUCUUUUUACCUCUUCUAUAUGCUGCUGUUAUUCCCUGGUUUUCCGCCUCACUUUGCAAUGGGCUACAUGCAGGAUUACAAGGUGGGAGCUCGUGCCCAGCUGGGGGUCUCAGGGCUCUUUCCUUCAGCAUACUGGUGUGGGCAGGCACUGGUGGACAUCCCACUGUGCUGGCUCCUUCUCUUCUCAAUGUUUGGGCUCCAGUUUGCAUUGAGCACCAAGGUUUCCUGGCAUGCCGACAUCCUCUUCCUGCUGAUCACAGGUGCUUUAGGCUAUGGAAUUUCUAUCGUUCUCUUCAUCUACGUGAUCUCCUUCAUCUUCCGCAAAGGAUGGAACUGUGAUUUUUGGUCUUUUAUCCUGAUAGUGGUAUGCUUCGUUACUUAUAUCAUCAGCAGAGUCAUGGAUUUGUCCACUGAUGGCAGAGUCACCCUCUACAUUCUGUCUCUCUUGACUCCCAUGUACCCACUGCUGGGUGUAACAAUAAGCUGCCUGCAGAUUUUUAUAGAAGAUGCCAGGUUACUUGAUGUGACUUCAAAGAACGAUGUACUAAUAGCUGUCUUUGCACCUUAUAUCCAUUCUGUGGGUUUCAUUUUUCUUCUUCGAUAUUUGGAGAUCAAAUAUGGAAGAGCAGUUCUGAGAAAAGACCCAAUAUUCAGGAUUUCCCCAAGAAGAGAAAGCGGCCACCAGCAUCCUGAGGAGCUUGAAGAGGAAGACGAAGAUGUCAAAGCUGAAAGAGCAGCAGUGAGAAAUGCCAUAGCAGCUCCAAGUCAGGAGGAGAAAUCAGUCAUUAUUGUCAGCAAUCUGUGCAAGGAAUAUAAAACAAAGCAAGCUGGUUCUGUUUUUAAGAAGAAGAAGAAAAUGGCCACCAAAAAUGUUUCCUUCUGCGUUAAAAAAGGAGAAGUAUUAGGGCUGCUGGGGCCCAAUGGAGCUGGUAAAAGCACAGCUAUGAAAAUGAUCACUGGAGAGACGACACUGACUGCUGGGCAGGUGCUGAUGAAGAGAGGAGAUGGAGCAACCUCCCAUCUCCAGGACCAUGCACCUGCCUUCCUGGGGUACUGCCCGCAGGAGGACCCGCUCUGGCCAGACCUCACCGUGCUCCAGCAUCUGCAGGUCUAUGCAGCUGUGAAAGGGGUGUCCAAGGAGGACACGGCUGCUGCUGUCAACCGAAUAGUACAUGCUCUGCAGCUUCAAGACUACCUAAAAAAGAAACCUAGAAAAUUAUCUGCUGGGAUAACCAGAAAGCUGUGCUUUGCAGUGUGCAUGCUGGGCAACCCUGCGGUCCUGCUCCUGGACGAGCCAUCAACUGGCAUGGACCCCAACGGGCAGCGCUGUGUCUGGAAAAUGCUUCGUGCCGCCCUGCAAACCAAGGAGUCGGGAGCCAUCCUUUCGACACACUACAUGGAGGAGGCAGAGGCAGUGUGUGACCGUGUGGCCAUCCUGGUGUCCGGGCAGCUACGGUGCAUUGGCUCCAUUCAGUACCUGAAGAACAAGUUUGGCAAGGGCUAUCUGCUGGAAAUUAAGGUGAAGGAUCCAGAGCGUGCUGAUCUUCUCCACGCUGAGAUUUUGAGGAUUUUCCCAAGCGCAGCCCGUCAGGAGCGGUUCCCCUCUUUGCUAGUCUACAAGGUCCCAAUGGAAGAUGCACUGCCCCUGUCUCAAUCAUUCUCCAAGCUAGAGGAAGCCAAACGAAAAUGCAACUUCGAGGACUACAGCUUCUCUUUGAACACUUUGGCUCAGGUGUUUUUGGAACUCUCCCGAGAGCAGGAAAAGGAUAAUUUUGAUCUGAGUUUGGAUGGGGCUUUUGAAUGGAAACAGCUUCAGCAGGAGGACUGCUAA